GUAGUUCCGUUGUGCGUAGCGGGUGGGACAACGCUCGUGCACUGCAUUGUUGUGGGGGGAAGAGCUCGAGCUUGCGGUUUCGGAACGGUUCCAGGCAAUAGGGAGGAAGCCAAUUCAGGUCCAUGAGCAAAUACUUUUAUGCGCAUGAUAGAACCCAAUCUAGUAUUUACCAAGACGCAGAGGGCUUCCAACUGCAUUCUUCUCCUUUAUUACUGAAAAAGCCUAAACAUCUCCCGUUGGAUGAGAACAUUGUAUACGGAAUUACAGCCAUUGAGCAGGCCACAUCGCCAUUGCUUUCAAAGGCUGUUGACGAGCUUCUAUCUACAACCAGCAAAGCUGUUUCUAGUUCUGAGCUGUUCAGGUGUCGAGGAUGAGGAAGAAGACUCGGCACCACAGGGUCCCCGUGCCCCAGCGGCCGCCCUCCCCCAUCCGGCCGUCCCCCAACAAACAGACUCUGACCUACGCCCAGGCCCAGCGCAUGGUGGACAUGGAGAUUGACGGCCGGGUGCACCGGAUCAGCAUCUACGACAAGCUGGAUGUGAUCUCGGAUGAUGACCCUACGGCCCAGGAGAUUAUGGAGUGCACCAGCAAUAAGGAGAACAUGGAGAAGCCUCAGCAGACGCUGAUGCGCUCCGUCCGGUUAAAAAACAGCCAGGAGAAGAGGAGUGCAGCUGCGGUCGCACAGAACCACACAACACAUGGAUCUACAGCAGCACAGGCAGCACCAGCACAGACACUUCCAGAGGCCAAGAUCCGGACUGUGGAGUAUAACCUUCCAGCUGUCCCCGGGAGGCCCCCAGUGUAUUUUAAGUAUGUGGAGAAGACGUCGGAGGAGCUGGAUGAGGAAGUGGAGUAUGAUAUGGAUGAGGAGGACUACGCUUGGCUGGAAGUAGUUAACGAUAAGAGGAGAAGUGAAGGUGUCAGUCAGGUGUCCCACAACGUGUUUGAGUUCCUGGUGGACCGCUUUGAGAAGGAGACCCAGAUGGAGAAGGAGAGCCAGGGCCAGGACAAGCUCACCAUAGACGAGGACGCUGUCUGCUGCAUUUGCAUGGAUGGAGACGGCCAGGACAGCAACGUCAUCCUCUUCUGUGACAUGUGCAACCUGGCCGUGCACCAAGAGUGUUACGGUGUCCCUUACAUCCCAGAGGGACAGUGGCUGUGCCGGCACUGCCUCCAGUCACCCACCCAGCCCGCAGGCUGCAUACUGUGUCCUAACAAAGGCGGAGCAGUGAAAAAGACUGACGAUGACCGCUGGGGUCAUGUGGUGUGCGCUCUGUGGGUGCCGGAGGUAGGGUUUUCCAACACGGUCUUCAUCGAGCCCAUCGACGGAGUCAGCAACAUUCCGUCCGCCCGCUGGAAGCUCACCUGCUACCUCUGUAAGGAGAAGGGGGUGGGGGCCUGUAUCCAGUGUCACAAGGCUAACUGCUACACCGCCUUCCACGUCAGCUGUGCUCAGAAAGCCGGACUCUUUAUGAAGAUGGAACCCAUCAAGGAGGUAACAGAGACGGGCGAACCAACGUUUUCAGUGAAGAAGACUGCUUACUGCGGGGCUCACACCCCCAACAGCUCGGUCAAGAGACCCCUCACCAUCUACGAGGACGCCAAACCCCAAAAUGGAUUGUGUUCCCCUCUGAAAGGGGAGAACACGAGGGGCGCCAAUGCACUUGCGAAAGGGAGGAAGAGGAAGAGCAAGAAGGUGGAGCCAGAGGAAGAAUUCUCACCCGUGUCUGUGCCUAGCUUUCCUCCCCAAAGGUUAAACACCAUCCUCAACCGGGUGUCUAUGCAGAAGAAGAAAGCGUUUGUGGAGCUGGCUCUAAACUACUGGACUCUAAAGAGACAGGCGAGGAACGGACUACCCCUCAUCAGACGACUACAGUCCAGCCAACAGUCCCACCAGAAGACCCAUGCAGCACAGUCGAAGGAGAGUGAGGAGGAGAGCCGGGCUCUGAAGGAGCAGCUCAAGGAGUGGCAUCGUCUAAGACAUGACCUGGAGAGAGCCAGGCUAUUGCUGGAGCUCAUACGCAAGAGGGAGAAACUCAAGAGAGAAGAGAUGAAGCUGCAGCAGAGCCUGUUGGAGGUCCAGUUGACUCCCUUUAGUAUCCUGCUCAGGUCUGUGCUGGAACAGCUACAGGAGAGAGACCAGGCAAAGAUCUUUGCCCAGCCUGUCGACAUCAAAGAGGUGCCUGACUACCUUGACCACAUCAAGAACCCCAUGGACUUCUCCACUAUGAGGAAACGCAUUGACGACCAGGCCUACAGCAACCUGGACGACUUUGAGUCCGACUUCAACCUCAUCAUCUUCAACUGUAUGAAGUACAACAGUAAGGAUACCUUCUUCCACCGGGCGGCCGCCCGUCUCCGAGACCAGGGUGGGGCUUUGAUCAGGAAGACGCGGAGGGAUGUGGAGCGAAUUGGCUUCGAGAAGGACAGCGGGAUGCACCUGCCCGAACCGCCCAAGAUUGAAGCACCUCCGCCGUUUUCCUGGGAGGAUGUGGACCGGGUAUUGGUCCCAUCCAACCGGCAACACAUGCCUCUGGAGGAGCAGCUGAAAGAGCUGCUGGAGAAACUGGACCUGACGUUCUCCAUGAAGUCCAGCCCGUCACGUUCCAAACGCCUCAAACUGCUCAAGAAGAGCAUCAACGACGUCCGCUGCGAGAUGAGCCUGAGCCUGAGGAGGGCCUCCCACCACUCCCAUUCUCACUCCUCUUCCUCCCACUGGUCCUCCCAUCCAGAAAGGAGUAAAGUUGGGGAGGCAGAGGGGGUGAAGACCGAUGGACAGAGCCCUGAUAACGAGGGGGACAAAUCAUUACCUCCCAAAUUGGAACCCUCUGACUCCCUACCUCCUCUCCUGCACUUUGAGAGCAACUCAGAACCCCCUACCCUCAAACCCAUCCACCCCAACCCCACCCUGGACAGCAAGACCCACGGACAGGUCAAAUUUGACCAGGAGAAACCCAACAGUGCUUCCUCCACCACCCCCAAGACCCUUCUCAAUGGCCACUCCGACUCCCAGAACCCCCUGCUUCUCUCAGAGGGGAACGUGAGUGUGGUGGCCACCUCCACCCUGGCCCAACCCUCGGGGAUGACUGUCAACCGCCGCACUGCCGUGCUCUUCAGGAAGUCCAAGAACUCUAGCCCUGGGAAGAACCAGGGGUGCAGAGGAGGCGGCGAGGCCCAGACAGGGUGCCCUCAGCUGGGCACCAAGGCCUUCCUGUCGGUGAUGAUCCCCAGACUGGAGACCCUCCUCCACCCCAGGACCAGGAAGAGGAGCCACAGUCCCAGCGGGGGGGACAGCGAGGGGGGCGGAGACGGGGAAGACGAGUCCCCUGUCAAACGCAUUGACACAGGCCUGUCUAAUGGUUUUGUGAUGGAGGAGGUAAUUGAUGAAGAGAAGGAGCUAGGUGCCAGCAGGCCUCUAGAAACCAGGAGACGGUGUGCCUCAGAGUCCAGCAUCUCAUCUAGUGGUAGUCUGCUGGGCAGCACCAGCAGCACCCUCAGUCUUCCAACAUGUGGUAAGGGCAAACCGGCCCUGGUCCGAAGAAACACUGUGGAUGAUAAGAACGAGCUCAUUGCCUCUAUAGAAACCGGGAACUUUGCCAGAGCUGCUAGGAUUGCUGCCGAAGUUGGCAACAGCAAUAUUUGGAUGCCUGCUAGUGCUGCAACAGUUGUUCUGGAACCUCUAAAGCUAGUUUGGGCAAAAUGUAGCGGAUACCCUUCCUAUCCUGCCUUGAUCGUCGACCCCCACAUGCCCCGGGUGGGGUGCCAGCACAAUGGGGUGUCUAUCCCCAUGCCCCCCCUCGACGUCCUCCGGGUCGGAGAACGGAUGCAGUACAAGAACGAAGAAAAACUCUUCCUCGUCCUAUUCUUCGACAACAAACGCAGCUGGCAAUGGCUUCCUAAGUCUAAGAUGGUCCCUCUGGGGAUAGAGAAGACCAUCGACAAGAUCAAGAUGAUGGAGGGCAGAACGUCCAGCAUCCGUAAGGCUGUUCAGACGGCCUUCAAACGUGCCAUGAACCACCUUAGCAUCGUCCAGGACGAACCUGUCAGUGACAUGAGCGAUGUGGACUAACACACACACACACACACACACGCACUUACUCUCCAUUACUUACACACACACAUACACACACACACACACAA